AGUCCACUGAGGAAAACAGAAAAACCGAACGGGCGGGAGUGGCGGUAGGGUGGCAGCAAGCAAUGGCGACUUGUGGAGAAGAGAAAGCAGUGAAGGAAGGGAGCAACCUCCUGGGCCCACCGAGUUUCCAACUGCUCGAAAACGGCAGGUUCAGGUGCUUGGAGACCGGUCACGAAAUGGUUGUCGGGGACAAGGAUUCCUACUCGCAGAGUAAACGGUGUCGUCUGGGUCUUAUCGAUUUUGCUUUGUCCAACAAUAAGCCUCCUCUCAACAUGUUCAAGCAAAGCCCUCUCUCCAGAUCAAAAUUGAUUUGUAAGCUAACUGGGGACACCAUAAAUAAAUCCGAGGAACAUAUCUGGAAGCAUAUCAAUGGAAAAAGAUUCCUGAACAAAUUAGAACAAAAAGAAACUGGAAAGUUGUCAUCUAAUGAGAUAGUAGAGCAAAAAGGUGUUGAAGAACCAGAGAAAGAGUUAAAGACACCUGUGGAUGGUGGGAAGAAGAAAAAGAAAAACAAGCAGAAGGAGAAAAGGCCAGUUGAGGAAAUUAUAUCUGAAAUGAGGGAUCCUUCGAAUCAGGAUGACGAUUCAGAAGAAGCUGACUUUUGGAUGCCUCCAGCAGGAGAGCGUUGGGACUUCGAUGAUGGGGCAGAUAGAUGGGGGUCAUGCUCAGAAGCAGAGGAUGACAGUGAUGAAGAACAUGGAACAGUUAAAGAUGGUGGCAAGGAAUCGGAAGAGCUUUCUUUGCGGACAAAGAGAAUGGCCAUAGAAAUUGGACCAAGCAGCUCUGCAUCAAGAAAGAAGAAAGCAAAGAAGAACUCUUGUUAGCUUACAGUUUUCCUGCUUCAAGACUCUGGAAGAGUCUCUGAUAGACAGACAGUGUUCUUCAAUUAUAUGCAGAUUAUCAUUCGGGGAAAAAGUAUGGGUAACGACAUGGUAUACACUUUUCUUUGCCCUAUAAUGAUCAGUGUGUUUCUGUUUUCUUUUCAUUCAACUCUUGUAUUAAGAAAAUCGCAUAAUUUUAUUCAUUUGAUUUUGCUCUGGUGUUAAUUAGCUGGUGAAUUCACUCAAUAUUUGUGCUUGGGAAUGGUGGAAUGUUCUUUUGGUCGCUGUUGGAAUGUCAA